AUGGUCAAGUUCAACGAGUCCUCCUUCUCCUACGACUACUCUUUUCCCGCCGUGACCCUCGCCUACUUCCUCCGCUACCCCAACCCGUACAGCACCCACGUCCUCUCCACCGAUGUCAUAUCGCGCAGCACCGACGCCGCAGGCCGUCUUCACACCCUCCGCGUCCACCGAAAGUCCUCACGGCUGCCUUCUGCGGUGCUGAAACUGCUGCCGCAAUCUGUGCUGGGGAACGUGAGUGGCGGGCGUUCCGAAAGCUACAUCCUCGAAACCAGCAUCAUCGAUGUGAAAGAAGGAUGGAUGAGGACCGAGAGCAAGAACCUCGAUUGGACUGGUAUACUGAGCGUGGUGGAGAAGCAGGAGUACAGACGCCAGGUUCCUGUGGACGAGGGCGAGGAUUUCAGCGUUGGUGCUGGAACUACAGGCGUCGUUACAACCGUCAUGUUUCGCAGCCGGCUUGGGGACCGGCUGAGGGCGAGGGCGACGAGAAAAGGGGAAGUGGGUGUGGGUGAGGAGGGGGAUGAGCCGAAGAAGGGGUUUCUGGCGAGCUGGAGUACGAGUGGGAUUCAGAGAAGUAUUGAGGCCAUUGCGAGUCGUAAGACAGAGAAUGGGCUGGCGAAGAGUAAGGAGGGUAUGAAUGUUGUUUUGGAGAGGUUGAGAAAUGGGGGCUUGGUGGCCGUGCUGGAUGGGAUGAGGAAGGAUAAGGAGAGGAUGAGUUUUGGAAAGGAGGGCGCCUGA